UUCCAGAAGUCUUGCGGCGAAAUAGUAGUGCUUUGUGACCCUAACCAAUUGCCAUUUCACAGAAAUUCAGACCCAGUUCUGUUUUCCUUCAUGUGGAACAGUUUUAAACACAGCUUAUUAUUUCUCAACGAUGGCAUGUCUGAAGGCCUUUUCUGUCGUACAGCUAAUCGGAUUUAUCCUGCUAAAACAUGUACUGAAGGCAGAAGAAACUACAGAGGCCCAGAUUACCUGGCCGGAUGACAUUGCCGAGGGCACAUUGGAAUCUGAGGUUACCUGGCCCAAUGAACUUCCAGUAACAGAAACGAUUGCCAUGACCUAUCGCACCGCUCGAACCUUGGAUCAAUUGGAUGCGUUGAGGGACUAUGACGAGUUCGUGGAGAAACCGAGUAAAAACAUUUAUAACGAAUUUGAUAGCCGGGAGAAAAAAUACCGCAUCGUUGAUCCCAUAAGUGAAGCAAAAGCCCUCAAACGGAAGCCGCUUCCUGAGACCGAGUAUAUCAGGCAGCCCUUCAAAUUCGGCUGCUGUCACAACUCCACCAAUGUGGGAUGUGCUGGCGUUUGUCCGGAGACGUGUGAGUACCGCUCCAAAUACUGCGUACCGCUUUGCGGUCCGCCCUGUCGCUGUAAGCGCGGAUUUGUCUACAAUAUUCCGCGAAGCGCCUGCAUCCUGCGCUCCGACUGUCCCAAGGGGAUCGUUCAGAGUAAGAGCGGGAUAUACAGGGUAUUUUUGUGAGGUGGAAGAUGUGAUAGGGUGAGUUGGGUUAGUGUGGUGGUCUGAUACAUGCAGUGGGUGUGCUGUGGUGUCGUGCCAAUUUCGUUUGUUCCAAUAAACCAAGAAAGCCGAAUGGAUGCAAGCUAA